CGCCAUUACACUCCAACCUGGGCAACGAAAGCAAAACUCUGUCUCAAAAAAUAAUAAAAAAAUAAAAAUCCUGUUGCCUGUCUCCUAACGAGAGGUUUUGUAGGUGAUUUUGUAAAGGCCUGGCCUGGUGGUUUUUAGGUCUUGGGGCAUGGGCCAAUGCUUCUUUCAUUGUUGCUUAGCUGCCCUAUCCACCCUGGGCACUCAAAUUUCUCAUUCACCAGAGAAUUCAUCCCCCACACCAGCUUCAUUCUCUGCCAUGUUGUCACUAAAUUGCCUCCCAAUCUGGCACAGUAGAAGCUGUUGAGAGCCUCGAAGCUUGGCAUAACAUGCUGCUCUUUGUUGCAUGACCUUUGAUGGGUGGUGUUCUUCUCCUGAGCUUUUGUAAAAUGUAUAGAGGAUAAUAAUUUCUCCUUCACCCAUACCUCAUGGGAACCUCAUGAGGUUGAAUGAGGAGGCUAUUUAAAAGGCCAUUUUCAUAGAGGGAGUUGCUAUAGAAACACAGAGGGGUACAAGUACUUCAGAGAAGGGGUUUGGGGGAAGCCCUGGCCUGUUUGUUUCUUUGAGAAGUCAAGAUAUGGAAGAGCCAUAGCUCAGUCCUUGAUGUGUUUGUUUCAGGUGAACCCUAUGUCUCCUACUUCCCCUUACUUUUAGGAUUAGGCUUUUUCUGCAGCAUAUCCCACCAGAACCAGUAGGCUCCAGUACAGGAAGAAUUUCACUGCAGUACAAUGUCAAACAUUAGGGCUGGUAUAGUGGGCAUUUGUAGAAUGAAUCUAGCUUAAUACUUUUCCACUGGGAAGAGAAUGACAUGACUGUGGUAGAUUAGGAAAGGAAAGAAUAGAAGAUAAGAAAAGAACUUUUAAAAAGCAUCCCCUAAUAACUGUGUAUUGGGAGUACAUAGGCUGAUCAUUGUAUUGGAACUGUGGAGGGAAGCAUAAGAUUGGUUCCUGCCCUCAAAGAACAAAAGCCUAAUUGUAGGGGAUGAAGGUUAAAAAAAAAAAUGGUGGAAGCUUUUCAUAAACGACUUUUCAUAAAUCAGGUUAAGAAAGACCUCUCUUGCUAGUUCGUUGAGUGCUUUUAUUAUGAAAGGUGUUGAAUUUUGUCAAAUGAUUUUUUCUGCAUCUAUCAAGAUGAUCAUGUGAUUUUUCUCCUUUAUUAAUAUGUUGCAUUGCAUUGGUUGAUUUUCAAAUGCUAAACUAUCUUCGCAUUUCUGGGAUAAAUCCCACUUUUUAUAUGCUAUUGGAUUUGGUUUGCUGGCAUUUUUGUUAAGGCUGUCUGUGUCUAUAUUCAUAAAGGAUGUUAGUAUAGAGUUUUCUUAUGACGUCUUUGGUUUUGUAUCAAGGUAAUACUGGCCUUCAGAAUGAGUUUAGAAAUGUUCUAUUCUCUUCUAUUUUAUGGGAGAGUUUGUUUAAUUCUUUAAACGUUUGGUAGAAUUCAUCAGCAAAACCAUCUGGUCCUGGGCUCUUCUUUGUGGGGGUUCAUUUUUUGAUGCAAGGUACAGAAGAGUAUUUAUGGAACAAUCCCAUGUGAGAGAGAGACUUUUUAAGGACAUAGAUAUAUGCUUUUAUUUACACAGAAAAUUUCUAGAAGGAUAUACAAAAAAACUGGUAUCAAAGGUUAUCAUUGGGUAAUGAGAUGGAACUUGGUCUUAUGUUCCUUUUUUCUUUUAAAAAAAAAUCAUGAUCAUGCAUUGCUCCAAAAUUUCAAAAUAAAAAACUACUUAAAAUGACUAGCAUUUGGCCAUUUGCUCUUUCACUCACAGGCGAGAUGUUAGGACUGUGUGUCUGCCACUGGCCUGUCACCUUAGGAACUUCCAGUCUCGUAGGCCCUUGCAUCUCUCUCCACGGCCUGCUCUCCCUCUUCCCUAUUUUAUUCUCCAUCGACACGGAAUUACUGGUCAAUUCUCUGAAAAAAACCGCAGCUACAUGCUACUAUGCUUUCAGACGUGAUUUUUGUUCCCUUACCUUUCCAUCCCUUCCCCCUAAAUCUGCCCAAUUUUUCUUAAUUCUUGUUUAUCCUUUAAAGUCCCUUCCAAAUAUUAGUUACCUUCCUUUGUGCACUUUGCAGCUCACUCUCUUUUUUAUUUCCCACCAAGGGGGAAAAAAUCUCGCCCUCCUGCUGCCUCUCAUACAUUAUGCAUAUUUUUGUUAUUGAACUUUGUACUUACCCUGCAUCAUAAUUACUAGCUCACAUAUGUGUCUUCCCUAAAAGUACAGUUUUAUUCAGUGUUGUGUCCUGGUAAUUAGCACAAUGCUUGGCACAGAAUAGAUGCUCAAAAAUAUUUUAAUUCAAUUGAGUUCAGAAGACGGGGCAUUCUGGGUAGAAUGAGCCAUAUAAACAAAGGCCAACGUUAUGAAUUACAAGAACCUGUUCGGAGGACAUGAGCUAGUUUGGCUAGAUAGGAAAAUUCAUGCUGGGAAAUAUGAUUUAAUUAUUUUGGCACGGCUGAUAUUGGGGGCUCUCGAAAGUCAGAUAAAGCAGAUUGAAUAAUGGUAAGUAAAUAUUGAUUGAAUGAAGAACAUUUCUCACUUCCUUCCAGUCUUUGCUGAAAUCUCUCUUUUCAGUAGGCUUAAUCUGACCACCUCCUUUAAAACUGUUGCCUCUUCAUUCACCCAUCCCCUGACUCCAGCAUUCUUGAUCUUCCUCUCCCUGUUCUUUCUCCUUUUCCCACAGCACUCAUCACCUUCUGUGUACCACAGUCUAUAUGAUUUACUUAUUCAUUACAGUUUCUAUUUAUUGUGUGUCUUUCCCACUAGAAUAUAGACUCUUUGGGCCACGACUGUCUUGCUCACUGGCUGUUCCCAAGCACCUAGAACAUUGUCUGGCACAUAACCUUUGUAGUAUUAAACAGAGGGAAAACUCUCUUCAGAUUUAGUGCCACGCCUGCCUUGUACAUUUUAAGUCCUUUUAACCUGAUAAGAAGAAUAGCUAUUAAAAUUUUGAUACAUUCAGUAUUUAGCAUGAUCAUUAUGUGCACUAUUUUGACCAACUGUGUAUUCAUGACUUUUAGUAACCCUCCUGACUGGUCGAAGAAUGUGGAGUACACGUUCACAGGGAUUUAUACAUUUGAAUCACUAGUGAAAAUCAUUGCAAGAGGUUUCUGCAUAGAUGGCUUUACCUUUUUACGGGAUCCAUGGAACUGGUUAGAUUUCAGUGUCAUCAUGAUGGCAUAUGUGACAGAGUUUGUGGACCUGGGCAAUGUCUCAGCGCUGAGAACAUUCAGGGUUCUCCGAGCUUUGAAAACUAUCUCUGUAAUUCCAGGCCUGAAGACAAUUGUGGGUGCCCUGAUUCAGUCUGUGAAGAAACUGUCAGAUGUGAUGAUCCUGACAGUGUUCUGUCUGAGUGUGUUUGCCUUGAUCGGACUGCAGCUGUUCAUGGGGAACCUUCGAAACAAGUGUGUUGUGUGGCCCAUAAACUUCAACGAGAGCUAUCUUGAAAAUGGCACCAAAGGCUUUGAUUGGGAAGAGUAUAUCAACAAUAAAACAAAUUUCUACACAGUUCCUGGCAUGCUGGAACCUUUACUCUGUGGGAACAGUUCUGAUGCUGGGCAAUGCCCAGAGGGAUACCAGUGUAUGAAAGCAGGAAGGAACCCCAACUAUGGUUACACAAGCUUUGACACUUUUAGCUGGGCCUUCUUGGCAUUAUUUCGCCUUAUGACCCAGGACUAUUGGGAAAACUUGUAUCAGUUGACCUUACGAGCAGCUGGGAAAACAUACAUGAUCUUCUUCGUCUUGGUCAUCUUUGUGGGUUCUUUCUAUCUGGUGAACUUGAUCUUGGCUGUGGUGGCCAUGGCUUAUGAAGAACAGAAUCAGGCAACACUGGAAGAGGCAGAACAAAAAGAGGCUGAAUUUAAAGCAAUGUUGGAGCAACUUAAGAAGCAACAGGAAGAGGCACAGGCUGCUGCGAUGGCUACUUCAGCAGGAACUGUCUCAGAAGAUGCCAUAGAGGAAGAAGGUGAAGAAGGAGGGGGCUCCCCUCGGAGCUCUUCUGAAAUCUCUAAACUCAGCUCAAAGAGUGCAAAGGAAAGACGUAACAGGAGAAAGAAGAGGAAGCAAAAGGAACUCUCUGAAGGAGAGGAGAAAGGGGAUCCUGAGAAGGUGUUUAAGUCAGAGUCAGAAGAUGGCAUGAGAAGGAAGGCCUUUCGGUUGCCAGACAACAGAAUAGGGAGGAAAUUUUCCAUCAUGAAUCAGUCACUGCUCAGCAUCCCAGGCUCGCCCUUCCUCUCUCGCCACAACAGCAAGAGCAGCAUCUUCAGUUUCAGGGGACCUGGGCGGUUCCGAGACCCGGGCUCCGAGAAUGAGUUCGCGGAUGACGAGCACAGCACAGUGGAAGAGAGCGAGGGCCGCCGGGACUCCCUCUUCAUCCCCAUCCGGGCCCGCGAGCGCCGGAGCAGCUACAGCGGCUACAGCGGCUACAGCCAGGGCAGCCGCUCCUCGCGCAUCUUCCCCAGCCUGCGGCGCAGCGUGAAACGCAACAGCACGGUGGACUGCAACGGCGUGGUGUCUCUCAUCGGCGGCCCUGGCUCCCACAUCGGCGGGCGUCUCCUGCCAGAGGUGAAAAUUGAUAAGGCAGCUACCGAUGACAGUGCUACAACUGAGGUGGAAAUUAAGAAGAAAGGCCCUGGAUCUCUCUUAGUUUCCAUGGACCAAUUAGCCUCCUAUGGGCGGAAGGACAGAAUCAACAGCAUAAUGAGUGUUGUUACAAAUACACUAGUAGAAGAACUGGAAGAGUCUCAGAGAAAGUGCCCGCCAUGCUGGUAUAAAUUUGCCAACACUUUCCUGAUCUGGGAGUGCCACCCCUACUGGAUAAAACUGAAAGAGAUUGUGAACUUGAUAGUUAUGGACCCUUUUGUGGAUUUAGCCAUCACCAUCUGCAUCGUCCUGAAUACACUGUUUAUGGCAAUGGAGCACCAUCCUAUGACGCCACAAUUUGAACAUGUCUUGGCUGUAGGAAAUCUGGUUUUCACUGGAAUUUUCACAGCGGAAAUGUUUCUAAAGCUCAUAGCCAUGGAUCCCUACUAUUAUUUCCAAGAAGGUUGGAACAUUUUUGACGGAUUUAUUGUCUCCCUCAGUUUAAUGGAACUGAGUCUAGCAGACGUGGAGGGGCUUUCAGUGCUGCGAUCUUUCCGAUUGCUCCGAGUCUUCAAAUUGGCCAAAUCCUGGCCCACCCUGAACAUGCUAAUCAAGAUUAUUGGAAAUUCAGUGGGCGCCCUGGGCAACCUGACACUGGUGCUGGCCAUUAUUGUCUUCAUCUUUGCCGUGGUGGGGAUGCAACUCUUUGGAAAAAGCUACAAAGAGUGUGUCUGCAAGAUCAACCAGGACUGUGAACUCCCUCGCUGGCACAUGCAUGACUUUUUCCAUUCCUUCCUCAUUGUCUUUCGAGUGUUGUGCGGGGAGUGGAUUGAGACCAUGUGGGACUGCAUGGAAGUGGCAGGCCAGGCCAUGUGCCUCAUUGUAUUUAUGAUGGUCAUGGUGAUUGGCAACUUGGUGGUGCUGAACCUGUUUCUGGCCUUGCUCCUGAGCUCCUUCAGUGCAGACAACCUGGCUGCCACAGAUGAUGAUGGGGAAAUGAACAACCUCCAGAUCUCAGUGAUCCGUAUCAAGAAGGGUGUGGCCUGGACCAAACUAAAGGUGCAUGCCUUCAUGCAGGCCCACUUUAAGCAGCGUGAGGCCGAUGAGGUGAAGCCUCUGGAUGAGUUGUAUGAAAAGAAGGCCAACUGCAUCGCCAAUCACACUGGUGCAGACAUCCACCGGAAUGGCGACUUCCAGAAGAAUGGGAAUGGCACAACCAGUGGCAUUGGCAGCAGCGUGGAGAAGUACAUCAUUGAUGAAGACCAUAUGUCCUUCAUCAACAACCCCAACUUGACUGUGCGGGUACCCAUUGCUGUGGGGGAGUCUGACUUUGAGAACCUCAACACAGAGGAUGUUAGCAGCGAAUCGGAUCCUGAAGGCAGCAAAGAUAAACUAGAUGACACCAGCUCCUCUGAAGGAAGCACCAUUGAUAUCAAACCAGAAGUAGAAGAGGUCCCUGUGGAACAACCUGAGGAAUACCUGGAUCCAGACGCCUGCUUCACAGAAGGUUGUGUCCAGCGGUUCAAGUGCUGCCAGGUCAACAUUGAGGAAGGGCUAGGCAAGUCUUGGUGGAUCCUGCGGAAAACCUGCUUCCUCAUCGUGGAGCACAACUGGUUUGAGACCUUCAUCAUCUUCAUGAUUCUGCUGAGCAGUGGUGCCCUGGCCUUCGAGGACAUCUACAUUGAGCAGAGAAAGACCAUCCGCACCAUCCUGGAAUACGCUGACAAAGUCUUCACCUAUAUCUUCAUCCUGGAGAUGUUGCUCAAGUGGACAGCCUAUGGCUUCGUCAAGUUCUUCACCAAUGCCUGGUGUUGGCUGGACUUCCUCAUCGUGGCUGUCUCUUUAGUCAGCCUUAUAGCUAAUGCCCUGGGCUACUCGGAACUAGGUGCCAUAAAGUCCCUUAGGACCCUAAGAGCUUUGAGACCCUUAAGAGCCUUAUCACGAUUUGAAGGGAUGAGGGUGGUGGUGAAUGCCUUGGUGGGCGCCAUCCCCUCCAUCAUGAAUGUGCUGCUGGUGUGUCUCAUCUUCUGGCUGAUUUUCAGCAUCAUGGGAGUUAACCUGUUUGCGGGAAAGUACCACUACUGCUUUAAUGAGACUUCUGAAAUCCGAUUUGAAAUAGAAGAUGUCAACAAUAAAACUGAAUGUGAAAAGCUCAUGGAGGGGAACAAUACAGAGAUCAGAUGGAAGAACGUGAAGAUCAACUUUGACAAUGUUGGGGCAGGAUACCUGGCCCUUCUUCAAGUAGCAACCUUCAAAGGCUGGAUGGACAUCAUGUAUGCAGCUGUAGAUUCCCGGAAGCCUGAUGAGCAGCCUAAGUAUGAGGACAAUAUCUACAUGUACAUCUACUUUGUCAUCUUCAUCAUCUUCGGCUCCUUCUUCACCCUGAACCUGUUCAUUGGUGUCAUCAUUGAUAACUUCAAUCAACAAAAGAAAAAGUUCGGAGGUCAGGACAUCUUCAUGACCGAAGAACAGAAGAAGUACUACAAUGCCAUGAAAAAGCUGGGCUCAAAGAAGCCACAGAAACCUAUUCCCCGCCCCUUGAACAAAAUCCAAGGAAUCGUCUUUGAUUUUGUCACUCAGCAAGCCUUUGACAUUGUUAUCAUGAUGCUCAUCUGCCUUAACAUGGUGACAAUGAUGGUGGAGACAGACACUCAAAGCAAGCAGAUGGAGAACAUCCUCUACUGGAUUAACCUGGUGUUCGUUAUCUUCUUCACCUGUGAGUGUGUGCUCAAAAUGUUUGCGUUGAGGCACUACUACUUCACCAUUGGCUGGAACAUCUUCGACUUUGUGGUAGUCAUCCUCUCCAUUGUGGGAAUGUUCCUGGCAGAUAUAAUUGAGAAAUACUUUGUUUCCCCAACCCUAUUCCGAGUCAUCCGAUUGGCCCGUAUUGGGCGCAUCUUGCGUCUGAUCAAAGGUGCCAAAGGGAUUCGUACCCUGCUCUUUGCCUUAAUGAUGUCCUUGCCUGCCCUGUUCAACAUCGGCCUUCUGCUCUUCCUGGUGAUGUUCAUCUUCUCCAUUUUUGGGAUGUCCAAUUUUGCAUAUGUGAAGCACGAGGCUGGUAUUGAUGACAUGUUCAACUUUGAGACAUUUGGCAACAGCAUGAUCUGCCUGUUUCAAAUCACAACCUCAGCUGGUUGGGAUGGCCUGCUGCUGCCCAUCCUAAACCGCCCCCCUGACUGCAGCCUAGAUAAGGAACACCCAGGGAGUGGCUUUAAGGGAGAUUGUGGGAACCCCUCAGUGGGCAUCUUCUUCUUUGUAAGCUACAUCAUCAUCUCCUUCCUAAUUGUCGUGAACAUGUACAUUGCCAUCAUCCUGGAGAACUUCAGUGUAGCCACAGAGGAAAGUGCAGACCCUCUGAGUGAGGAUGACUUUGAGACCUUCUAUGAGAUCUGGGAGAAAUUCGACCCUGAUGCUACCCAGUUCAUUGAGUACUGUAAGCUGGCAGACUUUGCAGAUGCCUUGGAGCAUCCUCUCCGAGUGCCCAAGCCCAAUACCAUUGAGCUCAUCGCUAUGGAUCUGCCAAUGGUGAGCGGGGAUCGCAUCCACUGCUUGGACAUCCUUUUUGCCUUCACCAAGCGGGUCCUGGGAGAUAGCGGGGAGUUGGACAUCCUGCGGCAGCAGAUGGAAGAGCGGUUCGUGGCAUCCAAUCCUUCCAAAGUGUCUUACGAGCCAAUCACAACCACGCUGCGCCGCAAGCAGGAGGAGGUAUCUGCGGUGGUCCUGCAGCGUGCCUACCGGGGACAUUUGGCAAGGCGGGGCUUCAUCUGCAAAAAGACAACUUCUAAUAAGCUGGAGAAUGGAGGCACACACCGGGAGAAAAAAGAGAGCACCCCAUCUACAGCCUCCCUCCCGUCCUAUGACAGUGUAACUAAACCUGAAAAGGAGAAACAGCAGCGGGCAGAGGAAGGAAGAAGGGAAAGAACCAAAAGACAAAAAGAGGUCAGAGAAUCCAAGUGUUAGAGGAGAACAAAAAUUCAGUAUUAUACAGAUCUAAAACUCGCAAGUGAAAGAUUGUUUACAAACUUCCUGAAUAUUAUCAAUGCAGAACAGCUGUGGAGACUCUAACCUGAAGAUCUAUACCAAACGUCGUCCGCUUACCACGUAACACAGCUGCAUCUUGAGCAGUGACCUGCCAAGGGCAACGGACCCCGCUCCCUAGACUCACAGAUUUUCUAAUGCUUGGGCAGGUGGUUACUGCAUGUUCCACAUCAGUCAAUGCAACUUAGGACAAAACUAACCAGAUACAGAAACAGAAGAGAGGCUGCCGGGACCAGCAUAUUUCCGUUGCAGCCAAAUGGAUUUUAUUUUUUCAUUUUAUUGAUUCUCAGAAGCAGAAGGCAUCACUUUAAAAGUUCGUUUGUUCAUGCAAACUAUAUUUGCAUUCUUACAUUAGUUAAGCUAAGCAGCAAAAAGAAAACACACACACACACUCACAUUUAGCCCAUGUCAUUUAAUUGUCAGUUUCUUUGACAUAAAGCGCAUCUUCUCCACAUGGGCUUCACGUGGUUUGGAGAUGGGUGGGGGAAAACAAUCAGGUUUCUUCAGGCUGAGGAGGACUUGCUCAGGCCGAUUCCAAACAUUGUGCUCGUUCAAUGCGUAGAAAUGAUUUGCAUGAUGGCAUGCCGUGAUCAGAAGUCAUGCAUGAGAUCCAUACACCACAGGACACUACUAAUCUAGUCCCUUGCAUUGGGUCAGCCUUUGGACAGGACCCAGCCCUGCACCGUUCACUGUAUUUGGAGAAAAUGGUAAGAGUUCCAUACCGGCUAUAAUUCUUUAUUAUGAGUUCUUAAAAGUCCUUCAUACACCUUCUGGGUAGGGAAACAACCAACUAAUUGACUAACACCACCACCAACAAAAAACAAACCCAAUCCAACAAGCAGAUGGAUCCGUUGCGUAUAUAUGUUUAACAGACAUCUCUAACAUACAGCCAUUGUUGCACAUUUUGCAAGAUGAACUAUUUAAUGCUGCUCUGUGUCCAGUACCUGGGGGAGACUUUGAUCCCAAAUGGCUUGUACUAUUUAUGUCACUGUAAAACCAAAUCCUAGGGCUAAAAAAAAAAUUCAUUUGUAUCUUGCAGUAUUUAUGAUGAUCGUUUAGCCUUCAUACUGGAGAAUUGACACUUAUUUGGGAUAGAGAUAAAAGUGCUAUUCAAAGUAGCACCAGUUAUCUCUAGGGGUAAUUUGGGGAACUUAAAACGACCUUUCAUUGGGAGUUAUGGGGUGCUCAUUUCAUUUCGUAUCACGUCCUCUGCAUUGUGGCUUUCUCCAGGCAUGGGUCGAUACCGCGAGGGGUUCAGAUAUUCUGAACUGGCCUCUCUCUUCUGCAGAGGGGUCGUCGCAUUCUCACACACUGCAUGGCUCCCCCUGCCUCCAUCACAUUUCUCCACUGAGCAGGGCUUCCCUUGCCCACAGAGGUGGGUGAGGGUAGUAGCACUGGGGUUACGGCUGUGAUUUCCUUCAUUUAUUAUUAGAAUAAUAGUCACUGGUGGGACCUGAGGUAGAGAUGGAGCCGCCUCUGAACCAAGCUCACUUGGUUUCUUUACUGCACUUGUUUUCAUGAGAAAGCAAUUUAAUAUUAAUUCUUUAGGAUGUUCCAGCUUCCCCCAGCGCAUUCCCUUGCAGCCAGUUUUGCAGUCUGCUUAGCGACCUGCCCAUUGUCAUUGAAGUGUGGCUUCUGGGGGAGCAUCAUUUCUUCCAUUCCAUCUCCUGCUUUAGGAAAGACAGUUUUCAGUCCAGGGGUUUCUCACCUAAUGACUGGAUUUCAAGGCCAAGAUGCUGCAGUUGAAUGUGUCAGUAAGUCUAUACAAAGAGUGAAAAGAGACUUUAGCAUGUGAACCAAAUCAAAAUAACUUCUUCCUGAACCAUACACUAGAGGGGGAAGAACCACCAACCCAUAAUCAGACACACCGAUCUGCCUUGCAGUAGAAGCACUUUGAAGGUAAUUUCACAGUCCACCUGACUAGUUUUGCAUAGAACAAACCACAGUAAGUCGGUAAGCAGAGCUUUCUAUCUUGUUGGACCACUAGAAACUCUGUCCAGCUCUCUCAAGCGUGCUUCUGCAGCAGCACCCGUAGAAUUUUUGUACUACACCCAAUACCAGACUGGGAAGGCAUAUCUUUCAGUGACCCUGCUAACUGCUAGGAUGAAUGUAUAGUAACAUGUACAGGCUACAUUGUAAACAGCACAAAACAGAAGCUGACAUGUGUGGUUAUUCUUUUUAAGAGAAUUAUAAAUACUGUAAUAUAAUUUUAUUUUAUUGGCAUGCCUUUUUGUAAAUAUAAAUUAUUAACUUAUUAAAUAGGAAAUGGCUUCUGGCUUAUGCCAUUGUCAUGUUUAUUUUUAUUUUUUAUACUUUUCUUUCUUCUUAGAACUUAGAUGCUGUCAGCCAAUGUACAUCCCCAAACCAGACAGACAGACAAAAAAUUUUUUAUUGCUAAUGGUCUUUUCCAAAACAACAAAAAAUAUAUAUUUUUGUUCCAAUGUGCAAUAAAUUCUAACCACGUCUAUGCAAGAUUUGGCUAAACUUAAUAAUUGUUCUUAGGUCUUGAGAUGGGCGACAGAGCUGUAAGAUCCCGCUAAGUACACCAUGUGCUCAUGCUAGUGAUGUCAUUAAGCUACUAGAGCAUAGUGAUGAGUUUUUCUGAGAUGUAACCGUUUCCCUCCGCUAGCUCCUGACCCCAGCCCAAUAGGCUGUCUCCUCAGUAACACAUGGGCCUUGGUAUCUGGCACCCAUCAGCCAGCCUCAUAGGAAAGAAGCCACCUCCGCUGUAUUUGAAGUUUCACUUAAAAAAAAAAAAAAAAAAAAAAAAAAACUUUUCCCACCUUUUUAUCCUUCACCCACUAUCCUUCCACCUGCUCACUCACUCUCUCACCCAUCCUGCUCCACACUUCUUUGGUAGUAAAUGACACCAUCACCAGCAGUUUACACCCGCAGUUAACAGGCAUUGAACUGAAAGAAUCAGCGAUGACGUCUGUGUGCAUCUUCGCUGAGUGGGUAAGUGGCAACGCUUUGCCAAAUAUUAACGAAGCCAAUCAAAAAGCAGCAGCAGCCACAGUAUCACUGCACAUAUAUAUAGAUAUAUAUAAAUAUAAUAUAAAUAUUUAUUUUUUGUAGCCAGGUCCUUGGUGCAGUAUUUAUACUCCACAAUCCACCUUUUAAAAAAAGGACAAAAAGCAAAAAGAUGUGUGAUGCUGUUAAUUUAAAACGCAGAGCCAAAGCCACUGAGCAGCAGCUGACAUGGUUGCUGGUUUGUGUGUGAAAAACAUUUUUCCCCUCUUCUUUCCUUAACCUCCUUGUUGCUUAGGAUGAGGAGACUGUAUAAUUUAAAGCAGAGGAUGAGAGGAGGAAGAAACUUCCAUGUUAACAUGGCCUACUCUCACUCCUUUCUAAAUGAGCCACUUUUGGUGUCAGAAGUUGACUGGAGAGAGAGAAAAAAACAAACUCCCAGUCAAAGCUCCUAAAGCGACAGUGCCCAGAGUUCUUUUAUUUUUGCUGCAACCAACGUAAACCUGUAAAAGACCAACAGUGAAGAUUAGUGUAUUAGUGAAUGCAUGGAGGCCAAUGCUGCCCUAAUGAGACGUGAUAAAAAGUCCAUCACUCCUCUAAGCCAAAAGGAAACAAAAUAAAAAUGACCCUUUUUACUGUACAAGGGAAGCCUGUCUUUGGUGUGUUUGUUGCUUGACUAUCCCAAUUCUUGAGUCCUGGGAGGGGUCUGGGAAUUGGGACCUUAGCACAUUUGGGGAAAAGAGGGGCAUGGAGGAAGAGAAAUCAAAGGGGCUCUCGCAAAGUUCUGGCUGAGAAGGAGAGAUUGGAAGAAAAGCAAGGUCCUGACCCCCCAGAUCCCCACUCACCCAUUGCAUGUGGCAUUCCCCACUACUGGCCGGUGCUUAGAGGCCCAUAAAACCCCUCCUCACCUAAUCCACCUGGCAGAGCCCUCAGAGAUGACGUCAGCCAACCCAGCUGGACUGGCCUUACUUCUGCCUUUUUCACCUGUAUGUUUAAAAAAACAAAAACAAAAAAAAAAAACCCACCCCCAUGCCCCAAAGCUAGGGCAUGCGCGAUGCCCAACAGCCUCCACUCUGCAAGCUCAUACUGGGCCCUGCCCUCCAUCACCCCAGACAGGCCCACAGACGAGGGCUGGUCUCCUUCACAUUUCUGUGGGGGUGGGGGCACCCUUCCCCUUCCUUCUCUCCCUGUCCUCCUCUGGGGACAUCCCUCUCUAGGCCUAGGCCAUGUCUCCUGGUUCAGGAACACUCUCUCAGGAGGAUCUCGAAGUGCCCACUCUAGUCCGCUCCAGUAGCUGCACUCUGGAGCGAGAUGGCUGGUAGGUCAGUCCCCAUCUUCCUCCCCUCGGCCCCCAGCCUCCAGGCCUGCUGUGGAGGUGAGACCGCCAUGGGUCAUGACUUUGUGACUUGAGACCUGGGCAUCUUCUGUAAUGAUGCCUCUUUCUUUUCUCAGAUGUUGCCCACAGUUUAGCAAAAAGCUUUGUUCAUUUUCAGGUACCCCCCACCCCCUAAAGAAUUGGCUGCAACUUGCCAGCCAGGGGGGACAUCAGGAGACAAGAGGAAGUCUGGGUUGGGAGGGGCCCAAGUUUUGCAACAGAGUUUCCAUUGUUCAGCUCUGUGCUUUCUUGGAUUCCCUUUCCAAGAUUACCAUUUCCUCCAUUAAAACUCCUGAGGCACCCCCUGCCCCUGCCCCCCACUGCUGUUUGCUGUACAUAGAGGCUAAGUGGGGUGGGGUGGGUGGGUGUGCACAUGUGUGUGUGUGUGUGAAGAAUGUAUAUAGGUAAAGGGGAGUGUGGUCCAGUGGUUCCAGAAAAGGGACAGAACUCCUGUGUUCUAUCCCUAGCUUGACCACUGGCUCGCUGUGUGGCCUUGGGCAAGUCACUUAACCUCUCUGUGCCUCAGUUUCCCCAUCUGUAAAAUGGGGAUAAUAAUACUGACCUACCUCACAGGGGUGUUGUGAGGCUUUAACUAAAUGUUUUGUAAAGCGUUUUGAGAUACAGAGGCAAAGGCGCUAGGGAAGGGCAAAGUAUUAUUGGACUUAAGGAAGCUGAAAUGGUACCAUAAAUGCUGCUAUUCUGAGAGCCAUUUUAAACUGCACUGCUCCAACCACCCCCGCUUCUCAUCACCAGGACAGCAGGUCGAGAAAAUGACUUUCCUUUCACUUGCUUCUGGGGUUUGUGAUUAUUCAAGACAAUUUUUCCCCUUGCUGUAUCUCCUUCCCUCACCUCCUCGACUUGUUCCCUGUUCUGUUUAUGCGGAAAUGGCAGAAAUGCUUGAGAAAUGAGAAUGUGUAAGUGGAUUGGAAGUUUAUAGUAUGAAAUUUCAAUUUUACUUUGUACUGUACAUCUUUUUACUUUAGAAUUUGCAAUAAAGGGUUACGUCAAUCUUGUUUUCAA